AUGUCACCAUCUUCACCUGCAGGAUCGUCUUCAUCAUCAUUGUCAAUUGAAUAUACAAAUGUUUUGCUAGCAUUGCCUGAUGGACCUAUACCAUCUCAACAUCCAGAUUUGAAUUCACAUUGUAUAUCACUUAUAGGUGGUUAUCCAACUUUUCCUCCUUUACCUGGUUCAUCUGCGUCAGGGAUAGACUUCCCACCGAAAUCAGUGAACUGUGGUAUAUGUCAUAAACCCAUACCCCUUUUAGCUCAAAUAUACUGUCCACCCGAAGGAGGUGAGAAUGAUCGUACAAUAUAUGUUUGGGGUUGCGCUAGAUUGAAAUGCCAGAAGAGAGAUGGGAGUAUCAGAGCUUUCAGAGCUUCGAUACGUAAUGAAGAAUAUGUUCGUGAUGUGGAAGCAAAACGGAAAGAAAUUGAAGCUGAAGCUGCUGCCGAGAGGGAAAAAGCAAGAAAGAACCCUUUUACACUAUCAUCUGAUUCUCAACCAAACGGAUCCGCUCUCUUCGGUACUGCUCAACCCCUUUUCGGUGCACCUCCAUCCGCUUCAUCACCAAACCCAUUCGCAGCCCCACCUACUUCAUCUAUUGAUGCUGUACCCGAUUUGUCAUCUUUAACCAUAUCUACUCCUUCUUCAUCAUCUACAACACUCUCUGCACCUUUGCCAGCAUACCAACCUGCACAAUAUAUAAGUACGAUAGAAGAAUACCUUCCACCUGCUGAAGAUCUAGAGAUGGACUCUGACGAUGAAGACGAAAGCGAAGAAAUGAAAGCUGAAUUACAAGAUGACACAUGGGAGAAAAUGUUACCUCGUCAUGUCGAUGAAGUCUUUCAAGGUUUCGUUAGACGUCUUGAAUCAGCUGAUGGUGGUACCAAACAAGUGUUGAGAUAUGAAUUAGGUGGAAUGCCAUUACCAUACUCAUCUUUUUCACCAUUGUGUCGUAAACUAUUUCCUGGCUGUGAUAAACCAUUGGGUAAAGAAGAAGAAUUAGAUUUGAGAUCGUUAUAUAACCCUUCUUGGAUACCUCCUUGUAAGAAAUGUGGUAGUAAACGAGCAUUUGAACUACAACUGGUUCCUUCACUCAUAUCAUUACUCAAACCUUCAACCAUAACCACUACUGGUGAAAGUGAUAACAACAGCUCGAAAGAAACCAAACAAAGUGAAGAAGAACGUAAGAGAGAGUUGAUGGAAUUAGCUAAAAAGGUAAAAGAAGGUUCGACCGUUGAUGAAGAUGAAGUGAAUGAAAUGGAAUGGGGCACAGUGAUGGUUUUCGGUUGUCAAAAUGAUUGUGUAGGUUGGAAUGAGGAAUUCGUUGGUGUAGAAUGGGAGACUACCAUACAUUUAUAA